AUGGCAGCAAAGAAGGGUAUUAUGGGAAGUUCAAUUACCAUAAUUUUUCUGUAUGCCGCUGACCGGCUAGAUAUUUUGCUGAUGAUCAUGGGCACAGUUGGUGCUAUUGGAGAUGGAAUGGCUUCAAACUGGUUACUCGUGUACCUUAGCCGGAUUUUCAACAGUUUGGGUCACGGCAACACGUCUCACAACUUUAUGGAUGAAGUAGAAAAGGUGCCGAUUUUCUUGGUGAACAUAUCGCUGUUCAUAUCUGGAGUCGCUUUCUCGUUCUAUUUCUCAUGGAAGCUGUCCCUCGUGGCAUUACCAACAAUCAUCCUCUUAAUCAUACCCGGAUUAAUAUAUGGAAAAUACCUCACCCAUCUCUCCAGAAAGAGCUUCAGCGAGUACAGCAAAGCAAACACGAUUCUCAUGCAAGCCCUCAGCUCCAUCAAGACUGUCUACUCAUUCACUGCCGAAAAAAGCAUUGUCGACAAGUACUCCUCCAUACUAUGCCGAGCCGAAAAGCUCGGGAUUAAACAGGGCAUUGCAAAAGGUCUCGCCAUUGGAAGCACCGGAAUUUCUUUCGCGAUAUGGGCUCUGCUCGCUUGGUACGGGAGCCACCUCAUCAUAGCUUUAGGAGUGGCUCUACCAGAACUGAAGCACUUCACAGAGGCAUCACUCGCAGCAUCGAGAAUACUCGACACAAUUAGCCGAGCCCCACUAAUCGACGCCGAGAACUCAAACGGGACAAUAUUACCCAAUUUAAGAGGAGAGAUCGAAUUCGAGCACGUCAAGUUUGCGUACCCCUCGCGCCCGGACAUGCCAGUGCUCGAAGACUUGAGCCUUAUUAUCCGAGCUGGACAGAAAGUGGCUCUUAUUGGAGCAAGUGGUAGUGGGAAGUCGACAGCUGUCGCGCUCGUGCAGCGGUUUUACGACCCGAUUGGUGGGGCCGUGCGGAUUGAUGGGACAGAUAUACGGGAGUUGAGGCUUAAAUGGUUGAGGGGGAAAAUGGGCCUGGUGGGCCAGGAGAAUGCUUUGUUCGGCACGUCGGUUAAGGAGAAUAUAUUGUUCGGGAAGCCCGAUGCUUCCAUGGAUGAUGUGAUUGUGGCGGCAAAGGCUGCGAAUGCGCAUGCUUUCAUAAUGCAGCUUCCGCACGGGUAUGAAACUAAGAUUGGGGAAAGAGGUGCACUUUUAUCAGGAGGACAAAAGCAGAGGAUAGCCAUUGCCAGAGCCAUCAUAAGGAAUCCUGUCAUUCUCCUCCUUGACGAGGCAACAAGCGCGCUCGACUCCGAGUCUGAAACACUCUUAAUCGCCCAUAAGCUCUCGAGCAUCAAAAACGCGGACACGAUUGCAGUCAUGAGCAACGGCCGCAUAGUCGAGGCCGGAACCCAUUCCAACCUCUCCCUCUCCGCAAGCAGCCACUACACUCAACUCACAAAGCUCAAUCGCCACUCGACCAUCAACACCCGAGACCCAAACCAAACCCACAAACCACCCUUCCCACCCUCACCAAUCCCCACCUCCCCUAAACAUCUCCCAAACACACCUCACAUAAAUCCCCAACAUCCAUCUUUCCUUCGCCUCGUCUCCCUCAACUCCCCAGAAUGGAAACAAGCUGCCAUGGGCAGCCUCUCAGCCGCUGCUUCAGGCACCGUACAACCUCUCUACGCCCUCACAGUCGGCAGCAUGGUCUCCACCUUUUACAUAACCGACCAAAACGAGAUGCGUGCAUGCAUUUUGAAAUACGCUCUCGCGUUCAUCUUCCUCUGCCUCGCGUCUUUUGCCUUAAACCUCUGCCAACACUACAAUUUCGCACGCGUGGGUGAAGCCCUCACGAGGAGAGUCCGUCUCCGUACGCUCGAGAAAAUGCUGACGUUCGAAACCGCCUGGUUCGACCGCGACGAGAACUCGAGCGGGGCCCUCUGCUCGCGGCUCGGCCGCCAGGCGUCGGCGGUCAAGUCGCUCGUGGCCGACCGAGCGUCGCUUCUGAUUCAGACGACGUCGUCCGUCGCCACGUCAGCGGCAAUAGGAUUAGUCGUGGCGUGGAAGCUCGCGCUCGUGAUGAUAGCCGUGCAGCCGCUUGCGAUCUUGUGCUUCUAUAUUCGGAAAGUGAUGCUGUCGAGCAUGACGGGGGGAUUCAUGACGUCGCAAAACUCGAGCGCGCAGGUGGUGGCGGAGGCCGUGUGCAACCAUAGGGUUGUUACGUCGUUCGGCGGAGUUCGGGAGAUUCUUGGGGUUUUUGAUCGGGCGCAGGAUGAGGUGCGGAGAGGGGUUGGGAAGAAAUCGUGGCUGGCGGGAGUGGGAAUGGGGUCGGCGCAGGGCUUGAGUUUCAUGUGCUGGGCGCUCGACUUCUGGUAUGGGGGCACUUUGGUGGGGAGAGGGGAGAUAUCUUCGGGGGAUGUUUUCAAGACGUUUUUCGUGCUCGUGAGCACGGGGAAAGUGGUGGCCGAGGCCGGGAGCAUGACGUCUGACCUGGCGAAGGGGUCAGCAGCUCUCGCAUCCGUUUUCGCCAUCUUGGACCGUCAAUCGCUCGUUCGAGGUUCCCACAAUUUUGAAAACAUGAGGGGUGACAUCGAGAUGAAGAGCGUCGACUUUGCGUAUCCAGGGAGGCCGGGGAUUUUAAUCAUGCGCGAUUUUAGCCUGGAUUUGAAGGCGGGGACGAGCACGGGGCUUGUCGGGAAGAGCGGGUGCGGGAAGUCGACCGUGAUAUCCCUUAUUCAAAGAUUUUACGACGUGGAUCGUGGGUUGGUUAAGGUUGAUGGGGUGGACAUUAGGUCACUUGACAUUGUGUGGUAUAGAAAACACAUGGCCAUUGUGAGCCAAGAGCCUAUCAUAUACUCGGGCAGCAUUCGCGACAACAUAAUGCUAGGGAGACUCGACGCAUCCGAAAAUGAAGUGGUUGAGGCUGCCAAGGCGGCCCACGCGCACGAAUUUAUCAGGCAAAGCUACUCAUCUCUUUCUCCAAAACACAUUCUAAAACUAAAACUAAUUUUUUUUUUUUUUUUUAUGUACAGUGCCUUAAAGAAUGGAUACGACACGGAAUGUGGGGAGAGGGGAGUGCAGCUAUCGGGAGGCCAAAAACAGAGGAUAGCAAUAGCAAGAGCCAUCGUUCGUGACCCGACUAUAUUGUUGCUCGAUGAGGCCACGAGUGCGCUUGACAUACAGUCAGAGCAGGCUGUGCAAAAGGCGCUUGACCGUCUGAUGGUCAGGCGGAUGACUGUUGUGGUGGCCCACAGACUGAACACAAUCAGGAAUGUGGACUCUGUGGCUGUUAUUGUUGACGGGAAGGUGGUCGAGAGAGGGACGUAUGAAGAGCUCGAGAGCAGGAAAGUAGCUCAUAACAGAAAGAACAGAAUGGGAAUAAAGGAAGCUUAA